CUGCCGCUGGCUCCUCAAGAAAUCGGCGCGAAGCUGGGGAGUCGCCUGGUAGCUGAGAAGCUGCACGCUGCCUUCAGGAGACACCAGCGGACGCGAACGGGAGCUUGGAUGCUCCGCUCCCUUGGACGACAGCGGUGCGUUACGACCAUGCUGCUUGACGCCCGCCGCUUUCGCGCCUUUUCCGUGCCCAUCGGAGACCACUCGCUGUACGCACCUCCAGAGGGAACUUCUGACGGCGAGUGUUGCAAACCGCCUGCUCAGUGUUGCUUCUUUAUUAUCGACCCUGCGAACGUUGUCGACCACUUACAAAGACUUUACCGCUACGGUGUUCGUACACCACCAGAGAUACGCGGCGUCCCUCUACAAGCUCCGGAGGUAGCGUCCACCAUGCGGUACAGCCACCCAUUUCUGAUCUCCGUGCUGGCGCCCUCCGUAUUGUAUGACGGUAGACAGACGGCAACCGGGGCGGUGGCAGUCAGCCUGGCAGUGCAGGCCACCCGCCCCCCAUCGCCGUGCCAGCUAGCGCCCACCGUGAUGACGCAGUGGGAGUGCAACCGCAUGAAGCGGUGGAAUGUGUACCGCCGCGAUAAUCGUCUGCGCGUUCGUCGUGACGAGGAGCAGCACCGAGAGCAGCAACAGCAGCGCAGACAGCAGCAGGGGCGCCAGCGCCUGGCCAACAUUCUCAUCCUAUUAAAACGCAAGAAAGCAGAAGCACAGGAGAGGCAGCAGCGGCAGCAGCUUCAUACCGAUGCUACAGGGGAAGAAGUUGGAACACAAGAGCGGGAAGAGAACCCUUCCAGUUCUUCGUCUUCUGCAGUGCACAGCAGCCACCCAUCGGAGAGCAGCCAGCCUGCUAGCAGCAGCACCAGCUCCUCAUUAUCGGCGGCAUGGCUCAGCAGAAUGGUGGCCUUGAGCAACAGCUGCAGCAGUUUCAGCAGCCGCAGAAAGGACGAUGACGCCUCCUGCCUGCCCUCAAGAAACAGCAGCAGCUGCCACGCUGCAGCCAGUAAUAGCUGCAGGCUACCAGGCAGUCAUAGCUGCGACAAAGAUGUAGAUAAGCAGAAAUUUUCAACACAAGCAUAUGAUGUAGAAAAAGAGAAAGUUGAUGUGCCGCGAGGGGACGAUCUGCAGUCGAUAACUACUGACAGCGAGACGAGUUCUACGCGAAGAAGUAGCGACGCGAAGAGAAAAAAGAAAGGAAAGGCCGCAAGGAGACGUCGAAGCGAGAAAGCCGAAAGAAAAAGAAAGCAAAACGAAUACGAAAAAGAAAGAGAGAAAUAUGCGACGAAAAAUGGGUCGCAGGACAAGGAUGAUGAUGACGAUGUGGAAUGUCUACAGAGUCAGCAGCAGACCCCCGUGCAGUACAAGCAGCAGCAGCAGCAGACGAGCCCUACAGCAAAAGCAGGCAGCAGCCCUGCCCCGCAGCAGACACAGCGGCAGUCUGCUUGUAGCAUCGGAAGCAGGUGGGGCAGCAGUCGCAAGCAGCCCGCAGCAGUAGCAGUAAGUGAGAGCACCGAUGGUCGUAACCGGCAGGCAGCAGAAACAGCAGCAAUAGCCGUGCAGCAGCGACAGCGACAGCAGCAGCAGCAGCAGCGACAGCAUUAG